UCAUAUAAGGUGCACCUGACCGUUGGUGAAGCCUCAUCAGUGAGGCAUUCCUGGUUUCUUGUAGCCAGUCAUGAAGACAACGUUUGAAGACUUGUCUUGUUUUUGUCAGCGAACUGGAGACUAAAAACUUUGUACUUCCACCAUUUGGAACGUGAACAUUUUGGAUUCUCGUCAUCACCUUUGGCUUCCUCGGGAGGCGCCUGCAGAAGUCAGAGGAGGUAGAGAGGAGAGGAAGACCAUGAGCGCCACGCACCACACCAUUAUCUCCCGCAACAGCACCUCCAAGUGGACCACCAGCUCCGGCUUCGGUUCUCCUGUGAACGCGUACCGGCCCUCCGAGCUAAAGACCGCCGCCGAAGCCUCGCCGACGGCGGUGAUGCUGCAUCGGGCCCCCCACCCAUUCCCCACGGUGGACGUGCCCGACCACGCCCACUACACCAUCGGCUCCGUCAUCCUCGCCAUCGGCAUCACCGGAUUGCUCGGCAACUUCCUGGUCAUCUAUGCUUUCAGCAGGAGCCGCAGCCUGCGCACGCCGGCCAACAUAUUCAUCAUCAACUUGGCCGUCACCGACCUGCUGAUGUGCGUCACGCAGGCGCCCGUCUUUUUCGCCAGCAGUAUGCACAAGAGGUGGAUCUUUGGCGAGAAAGCGUGUGAGCUGUAUGCGUUCUGCGGCGCGCUGUUUGGGAUCUGCUCCAUGAUCACGCUGACGGUGAUCGCCGUGGACCGCUACUUUGUUAUCACGCGACCCCUGACCUCCAUCGGCAUGUUGUCGUGCGAACGGGCCCUCGCAAUCCUGGCGGCUGCAUGGGUGUACUCGCUGGGGUGGAGCCUGCCACCCUUCUUCGGAUGGAGCGCAUACGUGCCUGAGGGGCUCCUGACGUCUUGCACGUGGGACUACAUGACCUUCACGCCGUCGGUGCGAGCGUACACCAUGCUGCUGUUUGUCUUUGUCUUCUUCCUGCCGCUCCUCGUCAUCGUCUACUGUUACGUCUUCAUCUUCAGAGCAGUCCGCAACACCAACAAGGCGGUGGGCAAAGUGAGCGGCAGCGGGGUGCACACCCACGUGGCCUCUCGCGACUCAGCCAAGUCCUUCCAGCGGCUGCAGAACGAGUGGAAGAUGGCCAAGAUCGCACUGAUUGUUAUUUUGCUCUACGUGGUCUCCUGGUCGCCGUACUCCACCGUGGCGCUCACCGCCUUCGCCGGGUACGCCGACAUGCUGACGCCCUACAUGAACUCUGUGCCUGCCGUCAUCGCCAAGGCCUCGGCCAUCCACAACCCCAUCAUCUACGCCAUCACGCACCCCAAGUACAGGGUGGCGUUGGCCAAGUAUAUCCCGUAUCUCGGCACACUUCUGUGUGUGCGGCCCCUGGAUCUUCGUUCGGCGAGCAGCAGUUUUGUCUCCACACGGCGCUCCACUGUCACUAGCCAGACCUCUGACAUCAGCGCACACUUCCGACGAGCACACAGCAAGAGCCGCCUCUCCUCUGCCUCCGACAGCGAAUCGGGCUUAACAGACACGGAGGCGGACCAGUCCAGUCUGAACUCUCGCCCCGCCAGCCGCCAGGUGUCCUGCGAUAUCAGCGGGGACACAGCAGAAUUCUCCGAAUUCAAACCAUCGUCUAGCUUCAAGGGGAAAAUGAAAAAUCACGAUUCGGGAAUCUUUGAGAGGGCAUCGUUUGACAUGGACAUUUCCACGACUGGCGUCAGCGAACGCAGCGGCAUUCCAAACCAGAGCACCGACGUGGCCGACAUUCAUGUGAGCAGAAGCGCGCUAAGUCGCAUCCCGAGCAUCGUCAUUACCUCAGAGUCCAGCCCCUUCCUUCCCAUUGGACGCAGCGGGUCACGCUCUGCCCGCGCCAAGGCCACCUACAGCAGCACCGGGGUGGGCUCUGGGUGAGCCACGUCCUAAACCGCCUGCUUUCCAUCCACCUUCGAAACACACACAAAGCCAUAACGAGAAGUGUUACUUCUGUCAGUUUCGUCAAAACAUUCCAAUCACAAUUACAUUUUCCAAAAAUAAAAUUUCAAGUAUUUACAUUCAACAAAAUGUUUUCAAUACCGUAAUUUUCGGACUAUAAGUCGCACCGGAGUAUAAAUCGCACCAGCCAUAAAAUGCCCAAAAAAUGAAAAAAAAACAUAUAUAUGUAUAUAAGUCGCUCCUGAGUAUAAGUCGCCCCCCCACCCAAACUAUGAAAAGAAACGCGACUUAUAGUCCGAAAGUUACGGUAGUUAUCAACAGGACGUUAAAUGUGAUUUUUUUUGUGUUUUGAUGACAUUGUGAGCGUGAGGGUAACGUGACUUGAUUGUGUUGUUAUUUUACUCAAUAUAUUUGUGUUAUUUCUUCUGUUUGUUUCCUUGACAACAAACAUGAGUUGGGAGUCUGGCUUGGAACUGUUGAUGGGCCUCUGUCAGAGCAAACAAGCAAUAAGAUGUUUUCGUUUGCUUGCUCGUGUUGUCACAAGUCAAGUAUUUUAUUUUAUUUUUCAUAACCUUCUAAACCUAUAAUGUGAAGUACACUGUGUAAAAUCAUGUUGUUGCUGUGUUCUUUCAAGGACUUAUUGUAUCUGUAUGCUUGUGUCAUUGUUUCUAUUUUUAAUUAAAAAAAACUUCCCAGUCCA